CUAGGAACUCUUAUGCUCGCGUGUCUGCGUUUCCGGCCGGGCCAGUGAUGCUGCGGGACGGGGUCGUGGGAAAAGGACGUGCAGCCUAAGGUUUCGGCUGGGGAAGCAUGUCGAGUUUCUCCAAAGUGAACCAGCAAUGGGCCACUUUUGCUCGAGUUUGGUAUCUCUUAGAUGGAAAAAUGCAGCCCCCAGGGAAGCUUGCUGCUAUGGCAUCAGUUAAACUUCAAGGAUUGCAUAAGCCAGUGUACCAUCAACUCAGUGAUUGUGGGGAUCAUGUUGUCAUAAUGAAUACAAGACACAUUGCGUUUUCUGGAAACAAAUGGGAACAAAAAGUGUACUCCUCACAUACUGGCUACCCAGGAGGAUUUAAACAAGUAACAGCUGCUCAACUCCACCUGAAGGAUCCAGUGGCUAUUGUGAAGCUAGCUAUUUACGGCAUGCUGCCUAAAAACCUUCACAGGAGGACCAUGAUGCAGAGAUUGCAUCUUUUUCCAGAUGAGGAUAUACCAGAAGAUAUUCUUAAGAAUUUAGUGGAAGAGCUUCCCCAGCCACGCAAAGUACCUCGACGUCUAGAUGAAUACACGCAAGAGGAAAUUGAGGCUUUCCCGAGAGUGUGGUCCCCACCUGAAGAUUAUCGACUAUAGAGAGGAAAUAUCAGAAAACAACAAUAAGGUGAUUAAAACUUCCUCCAGAUGAGUUUCUUCACCAUCCAGGGCCGAACGAGAGUCGCUCCAGUGUGGCCUGAAGCCUGAGGGGGUGCCGGAAGUGUGUGAAGAAGAGUCAAGAAGGGACAUUCCUUCAAUAAGAAAUCACAAUCUGAUGCAUUAUUUUUGUACGGUUGUUUUAAUACUGAGCUAAUUUGAAUGAUCCUCAUGAUGAAACAAAUAAAAUGGGUUAACUGUG